AUGGAAAAUGCUCAUUGCAAGUCUUACAGCAACGCGCCCAGUGACAAUACAACGCAGAAGUCAACCUCAAACAAGGUUGUAACAUCUAAAUACACAUUCUAUUCUUUCUUACCACGAAACCUCUAUGAGCAAUUUUCGAGGUUGGCUAACGUGUACUUUUUACUGAUAUCUUGCUUGCAACUUUUCACAUCCUUAUCACCUACUAGCAAAUGGUCCACAGGAGGACCUUUCAUACUCAUUUUAGUGCUCAACAUGAUUCGCGAGAUUUGGGAAGACAGCAAACGUCACAAGGCAGAUGAAGAAGUGAACAACCGUCUUGUUGAGGUUAUCAGGGAAAACGGAAGCACAGAAUCGAUUCCUUGGAAAUCUGUCACUCUUGGAGAUAUUGUAUGGGUAAAAUGCAAUCAUGAAUUUCCAGCAGACGUCGUUUUGCUUUCGUCUACUGGUGAUCAAGGCAUGUGUUACAUUGACACAUGCAAUCUGGAUGGUGAAACAAAUUUGAAGAUUCGAAAUUCUCUAGCGUUUACAGCAAGCCUAAAUGAUCCUUUGAAAAUCUCACAACUGAAGGGUUACUUUGAGUAUGAGGCACCGAAUAAUCGUCUCUACACUUUUAAUGGAAGGUAUGUCCGUCCUGCAGCAGAAGACGUGCCGGUAGACAACGAAAACAUUUUGCUUCGUGGUGCAACUCUACGAAAUACCCAGUCAAUCUUUGGCCAAGUCGUUUACACAGGAGCUCAGAGCAAAAUCAUGAUGAAUUCGCAGAAGGGAAGAGUCAAGAUCAGUAAUAUCGAACACACAGUGAAUCGCCUGCUUUUGGGAAUUCUGUUAUUUGAAUUGAUUGUUGUUUCUGCCGCUACGAUUGGAAUGGCUUCAUGGGUUUCAUCAAACCGAGAAGCUUGGUAUCUUCCAUAUGUGAAAACUCAGACAACGGCAAAUAACUUUGAAGGUUGGAUAACAUUCCUCCUCCUCAUGAAUAAUUACGUUCCCAUCUCCUUGUAUAUCAGCAUGGAGCUUGCGAAGACAGUGCAAGGCCAGCAAAUGAACUGGGAUAUUGAGAUGUACCAUGAGGAGACUGACACUCCGGCACUGACACGUACGACGAAUCUGAACGAGGAACUGGGACAGAUACAAUAUAUCUUUUCAGACAAAACAGGGACACUUACACAGAACGUGAUGGAAUUCCGAAAAUGCUUCAUUAACACCACUAGUUACGGAUUUGGGACCACAGAAAUUGGAAUUGCUGCUGCUGCUCGUGGAACGAACAUUCAGGUGGAUCAAGAUCCAACGGCUACAGAGGCAGAAAGGGACAAGGAUCCGAACAAAGCUCAAUUUCACAGGGAUCCAAAGAUAGCUUUUGACGAUAUCAGACUGUUACAGAGACAUCGUGAGGGAGGCAGCGAAGGUGAAUUUAUUAAUGACUUCAUGAGAGUACUCUCAGUUUGCCAUACCGUUGUCCCUGAAGGCGAUCUUACCGACCCCAGCAAAAUUUUGUACCAGGCUGAGUCUCCAGACGAAGGUGCGCUCUCUGGUUUUGCCAAGGCUUUGGGCUGGUUCUUUUGCGGGAGGACUUCGACGCACACAACCGUUGAUGUACACGGCAAGAAAGAACAGUUCGAAAUCCUGAAUGUGAACAAGUUCAACAGUGCAAGGAAGCGAAUGAGUGUGGUCUGCCGAACCCCUGAGGGCAAGAUAAUGCUUUACUGCAAAGGAGCAGAUAACGUCAUGCUCGAACGCAUUGCGCCUAACCAAUCACAACGGGCGCCCAUGGAAUCUGCCUUGACACACUAUGCAAAUGAAGGGCUCCGUACUUUGGUGUUGGGCAAGAAGGAAAUACCAGAAAGUGCUUGGGUAGAAUGGAACAAAGUGCACCAUGCAGCGUCGACGGCUCUUGUGGACCGUGAUGGUGCUCUGGAAAGAGCCGCUGAAGAUAUUGAGAAAGAAAUGAUCAUAGUGGGAGCUACGGCGAUUGAAGACAAGUUGCAAGUUGGUGUGCCAGAUGCCAUCGCAACACUUGCUCAAGGCGGGAUAAAGAUUUGGGUAUUGACGGGAGACAAACAAGAGACUGCAGAAAACAUUGGAUUUGCUUGCAGGCUGUUGAGAGAUGACAUGGAAAUCAACUAUAUCAAUGGCUCGUCAGACGAUGAAAUCAAAAGGCAACUAGACCACAUACUUCAGAGGAAUGACAGUUAUGUUGGCAAAGAGACAGAGCACCUUGCAUUGAUCGUGGACGGGAAGUCUCUCCUUGUUCUGAUGGAGGAGUCAGAGCUGAGCCAAAAAUUGCUCACUGUUGCAAAAAUGUGCAAAGCUGUGAUUGCCUGUCGUGUCAGCCCGAAUCAAAAGCGUGAGAUCGUGACUUUGGUAAGGCGUGGCGUUCAACCAGAGCCGAUGACCUUGUCAAUUGGAGAUGGUGCCAAUGAUGUGCCAAUGAUUAUGGAAGCACAUGUGGGUGUAGGAAUAAGUGGUAACGAGGGAUUGCAAGCAGUCAGAUCGGCGGAUUAUGCCAUUGCUCAAUUCAGAUACUUGAAACGAUUGAUGCUCAUUCAUGGAAGAAAUAAUUAUCGUAGGGUGGCUGAGGUUGUUCUGUACUCAUUCUACAAGAACAUGACGCUAGUCACUUCUCUUUUUCUGUAUAAUAUCUACAAUGGUUGGUCUGGAACAGCGAUCUACGCGAGUAUCAUUUUGAUUUGCUUCAAUGUUGCAUAUACAUUUCUACCUAUAAUCUUUUACGGGUUUCUUGAACGGGAUGUCAAUGAUACAACUGCUCUAAAGAAUCCUCAACUCUACAUCCCUGGACAGCGCAGGGAGGGCUUCAACGCCACUGUGAUGUUAACAUGGAUGCUGAACGCAAUCGUGCAUUGUAUUUUCGUGUUCUUCCUCCCCACGGCAGCGUUUGCGGCGACCGGGAUGGUGGACUUGGGUGUAUACGGGACCACUGUCAUGCAUUCGCUUGUGAUUGCUGUGAAUUUCCGGCUGUUUCUCGAAGAGAAUUAUAUUUCCUGGAUCUCUCAUCUUGUCAUUUUUGUCAGUGUUGCGCUUUUUUACUUUGUUGUUGGCGUAGCGUCGAAUAUGCCGUUGAGCUUAACGCUGUUUGACGUGAAUCUCUUUUAUGGUGUUGGCAAAAUGACAUUCGAAGAAGUUUUGUUCUACAUGGCCACAUUGCUCACAAUCGUAGUCGCGAACUCGAUUGACGUUGCAAGUUUAUACAUUGCUAGGAACUUCUUCCCCACACCGACGCACAUCAUCCAGGAGCGGGAGCGAGGAUACGGACGCAAUUUUUACAACACGGGUGAUGACUCAGGAAUGGAGAACGAGGAAAGGUCCGUGAUCUUAGCGAAUGCCGGAUCUCCCAGGUAGAUCAUUCUUGGAUGAGUCAUGCGCUGCUCUUCGGGCCGGCGAUGCCUUGAAGGCUCGGAGACUGCAGGAUUCAGAACACACUUACUUAUGCUGAUAAAAUGCAAAUGAUGUUGAAUGAAGUAGAUAAUCAAGUG